AUGGCCGCCCAGGGAGAGCCCGGCUAUCAGGCGGCUCAGUCGGACCCGGGCUCCAACAGCGAGCGCAGCACUGACUCGCCCAUGCCAGGUUCCGAGGACGACCUGGUCGCCGGGGCGCCCUUGCAUAGUCCUGAGUGGAGCGAGGAACGCUUCCGCGUGGACAGGAAGAAACUUGAGGCCAUGUUACAAGCUGCUGCUGAAGGAAAAGGCAAAAGUGGGGAAGACUUUUUUCAGAAGAUCAUGGAGGAAACAAAUACGCAGAUUGCUUGGCCAUCAAAACUGAAGAUUGGAGCCAAAUCCAAGAAAGAUCCCCAUAUUAAGGUUUCUGGAAAGAAAGAAGAUGUUAAGGAGGCCAAGGAAAUGAUCAUGUCUGUCUUAGACACAAAAAGCAAUCGAGUCACUUUGAAGAUGGAUGUUUCACAUACAGAACAUUCUCAUGUAAUCGGCAAAGGUGGCAACAAUAUUAAAAAAGUGAUGGAAGAAACAGGAUGCCACAUCCACUUUCCAGAUUCCAACAGGAAUAACCAAGCAGAAAAAAGCAACCAGGUAUCUAUAGCAGGACAACCAGCAGGAGUAGAAUCUGCCCGAGUUAGAAUUCGGGAGCUGCUUCCUUUGGUGCUGAUGUUUGAGUUACCAAUCGCUGGGAUUCUUCAGCCAGUUCCCGAUCCUAACUCCCCCUCGAUUCAGCACAUAUCACAAACAUACAACAUUUCAGUGUCAUUUAAACAGCGUUCCCGAAUGUAUGGUGCUACUGUGAUAGUACGAGGGUCUCAGAAUAACACCAGUGCUGUGAAGGAAGGAACCGCUAUGCUGUUGGAACAUCUCGCUGGGAGCUUGGCAUCAGCUAUUCCUGUGAGCACACAACUAGAUAUUGCAGCUCAACAUCAUCUCUUUAUGAUGGGUCGAAAUGGAAGCAACAUCAAACAUAUCAUGCAAAGAACAGGUGCUCAGAUCCACUUUCCUGACCCCAGUAACCCACAAAAGAAAUCCACUGUCUACCUCCAGGGCACCAUUGAGUCUGUCUGUCUUGCAAGGCAAUAUCUCAUGGGUUGUCUUCCUCUUGUGUUGAUGUUUGAUAUGAAGGAAGAAAUUGAAGUGGACCCACAGUUCACUGCCCAGCUGAUGGAACAGCUUGAUGUCUUCAUCAGCAUUAAACCGAAGCCGAAACAGCCAAGCAAGUCUGUGAUUGUGAAAAGUGUUGAGCGAAAUGCCUUAAAUAUGUAUGAAGCAAGGAAAUGUCUCCUCGGACUUGAAAGCAGUGGGGUUACCAUAACAACCAGUCCAUCCCCAGCAUCGUGCCCUGCCGGCCUGGCAUGUCCCAGCCUGGACAUCUUAGCUUCAGCAGGCCUUGGACUCACUGGACUAGGUCUUUUGGGGCCUACCACCUUAUCUCUAAACACAUCAACAACCCCAAACUCACUCUUGAACGCUCUUAAUAGCUCAGUCAGUCCUUUGCAAAGUCCAAGUUCUGGCACCCCGAGUCCCACAUUAUGGGCACCCCCACUUGCUAACACUUCAAGUGCUACAGGUUUUUCUGCUAUACCACAUCUUAUGAUUCCAUCUACUGCCCAAGCCACAUUAACCAAUAUUUUGUUGUCUGGAGUGCCCACCUAUGGGCACACCGCUCCAUCUCCCCCUCCUGGCUUGACUCCUGUUGAUGUCCAUAUCAACAGUAUGCAGACAGAAGGAAAAAAAAUCUCUGCUUCUUUAAAUGGACAUGCACAGUCUCCAAAUAUAAAAUAUGGUGCAAUAUCCACCUCAUCACUUGGAGAAAAAGUACUGAGUGGGAAUCACAGUGAUCCAUCUAGACAAACAACUGGAUCUGAGCAGGCAUCUCCCAAAUCAAACCCUGCAGAAGGUUGUAACGAUGCUUUUGUUGAAGUAGGCAUGCCUCGAAGUCCUUCCCAUUCUGGGAAUGCGGGUGACCUGAAACAGAUGAUGGGUCCUUCCAAAGUUUCCUGUGCCAAAAGGCAGACAGUAGAACUAUUACAGGGCACGAAAAACUCACACUUACACAGUACUGACAGACUGCUCUCAGAUCCUGAACUAAGUGCUGCAGAAAGCCCUUUGACUGACAAAAAGGCUCCUGGAAGUGAGCGUGCUGCUGAGAGGGCUGCAGCUGCCCAGCAGAACUCUGAAAGGACUUGCCUGGCCCCAAGGCCAUCAUAUGUCAACAUGCAGGCAUUUGACUAUGAACAAAAGAAACUAUUAGCAACUAAAGCUAUGUUAAAGAAACCAGUGGUGACGGAGGUCAGAACACCCACAAAUACCUGGAGUGGCCUUGGGUUUUCUAAAUCCAUGCCAGCUGAAACUAUAAAGGAGCUGAGAAGGGCCAACCAUGUGUCCUAUAAGCCCACAAUGACAACCACUUUUGAGGGUUCAUCAGUGUCCCUCUCGAGGUCCAACAGUCGUGAACACUUGGGAAGUGGAGGUGAAUCUGAUAACUGGAGAGACCGAAAUGGAAUAGGACCCACAAGUCCUAGUGAAUUUGCCGCUUCCAUUGGCAGCCCCAAACGUAAACAGAACAAAUCAACGGAGCACUAUCUCAGCAGUAGCAAUUAUAUGGACUGCAUUUCUUCACUGACAGGAAGCAAUGGCUGUAACUUGAACAGCUCUUUCAAAGGCUCUGACCUCCCUGAGCUCUUUAGCAAACUGGGCCUGGGCAAAUACACAGAUGUCUUCCAGCAACAAGAGAUCGAUCUGCAGACAUUCCUCACUCUCACAGAUCAAGAUCUGAAGGAGCUGGGAAUUACGACUUUUGGUGCCAGGAGGAAAAUGCUGCUUGCAAUCUCAGAACUGAAUAAAAAUCGAAGAAAGCUUUUUGAACCACCAACUGCACGCACCUCUUUCCUGGAAGGCGGAGCAAGUGGGAGGCUACCCCGUCAGUAUCACUCAGAUGUUGCUAGCGUCAGUGGCCGCUGGUAG